AUGUCCAUCGUCACCCCCACCGGUCCCGUCACGCCUCCUAUGGAAUCCACUGGAGACAAACUAAUUACUUUGGAAUUGCAAGAUGGCACUGUAGUGCAAGGCUAUUCAUUCGGUGCUGAGGUGCCAGCAGCUGGUGAAUUGGUUUUCCAGACUGGUAUGGUCGGCUACCCUGAAUCCAUUACCGACCCAUCGUACGAAGGCCAGAUCCUAGUUAUCACUUUUCCUUUGGUUGGUAACUAUGGUGUGCCAGACCGCAACUUGAAGGACGAAUUCGUUGAAUCGCUCCCCAGAUACUUCGAAAGUAACAGAAUUCACAUUGCCGGUCUUGUCAUCGCCCACUACACCGAAGAAUACUCGCAUUGGCUUGCUAAAUCUUCCCUUGGUGCGUGGUUAAAGGAAGAAAACAUCCCUGCCGUUUAUGGUGUUGAUACUAGAAACCUGACCAAGCACUUGAGAGAUUCCGGUUCUAUGUUAGGAAGACUUGCGUUACAGAAGGAAGGAACGAGUUUCAGCACUGCCACUUCUGCCGAAUGGAGAGAAGCUUUUGAAGUUCCUGAAUGGGUUGAUCCUAAUGUGCAAAAUCUGGUUGCCAAAGUUUCAGUCAAGGAACCAACAUUAUAUGUGCCACCCACUGAUCACGAGGGCGUGAACUUACAGAAAGGUCCAGAUGGAAAGGUCUUGAGAAUUGUAGCUGUGGAUGUGGGAAUGAAAUACAAUCAGAUCAGAUGCUUUGUCAAGCGUGGUGUUGAAUUGUUGGUCGUCCCAUGGGAUUACGAUUUCACCAAAGAAGAGUACGACGGUUUGUUCAUUUCAAACGGUCCUGGUGAUCCAUCUGUUCUUUCUGAACUUUCCGCUAGAUUGUCCGCAGUUUUGGAAUCGAAAAAAACUCCAGUUUUUGGUAUCUGUUUGGGACACCAAUUGCUGGCCAGAGCCUCUGGUGCUUCUACUUUGAAAUUGAAAUUUGGUAACAGAGGUCACAAUAUCCCCUGUACAUCCACUAUAUCAGGAAAGUGUUACAUCACUUCUCAAAAUCACGGUUUCGCUGUUGAUGUUAACACUUUGACUUCAGGCUGGAAACCACUAUUCGUGAAUGCUAACGAUGAGUCUAACGAAGGUAUUUACAAUGUGGAUUUGCCUUAUUUCUCUGUUCAAUUCCACCCUGAAUCAACUCCUGGCCCAAGGGAUACUGAAUUCUUAUUUGAUGUUUUCAUCAAGGCUGUCAAAGAACACAAGUUCACUGGCCAAUUGAAGCCUGUUGAAUUUCCCGGCGGUAAAAUCGAAGAGAAUUUGGCAGCAUUCCCAAGAGUCGAAGCAAAGAAGGUGCUAGUUUUAGGUUCCGGUGGUUUGUCAAUUGGUCAAGCUGGUGAAUUCGACUACUCUGGUUCUCAAGCUAUCAAGGCUUUGAAAGAAGAAGGCAUCUACACCAUCUUAAUUAACCCUAACAUUGCAACGAUCCAAACUUCUAAAGGUUUAGCAGACAAAGUGUACUUCUUGCCUGUUACCGCAGAGUUUGUCAGAAAGGUUAUCCUUCACGAACGUCCCGAUGCCAUAUAUGUUACUUUUGGUGGCCAAACUGCUCUUUCUGUUGGUAUUGAAAUGAAAGAUGAGUUCGAAACGCUUGGAGUCAAAGUUUUAGGUACACCAAUUGACACUAUUAUAACGACAGAGGAUCGUGAAUUAUUCGCUAAUUCCAUGGACUCCAUUAACGAGAAAUGUGCCAAAUCACAAGCAGCCUCUUCUACCGAAGAAGCUCUUGCUGCUGUGAAAGAUAUUGGAUAUCCAGUUAUUGUUCGUGCUGCUUACGCUCUUGGUGGUUUGGGUUCCGGUUUUGCUUCAAAUGAUCAAGAGUUGGUUGAGCUAUGUAAUGUUGCUUUCGCCUCUUCACCUCAAGUUUUGGUCGAACGUUCCAUGAAGGGCUGGAAAGAAGUGGAAUACGAAGUUGUUCGUGACGCUUUCGACAACUGUAUCACAGUUUGUAACAUGGAGAACUUCGACCCAUUGGGUAUUCACACGGGUGAUUCCAUUGUCGUUGCACCAUCACAAACUUUAUCAGACGAAGACUACAACAUGCUGAGAACAACUGCUGUAAACGUUAUCAGACAUCUGGGCGUCGUCGGUGAAUGUAACAUUCAAUAUGCUUUGAACCCCUUCAGCAAAGAGUAUUGUAUUAUUGAAGUAAACGCUCGUUUGUCUCGUUCUUCAGCUCUAGCUUCUAAGGCCACUGGUUACCCUCUGGCAUACACUGCAGCCAAGCUAGGUUUGAACAUCCCCCUAAAUGAGGUCAGAAACUCAGUCACACAAUCUACUUGUGCUUGUUUCGAACCAUCCUUGGACUACUGUGUUGUAAAAAUGCCAAGAUGGGAUUUGAAGAAGUUUAGCAGAGUUUCCACGCAGUUGUCAUCGUCUAUGAAAUCUGUUGGUGAAGUUAUGAGUAUCGGCAGAACAUUUGAAGAAGCCAUCCAAAAGGCGAUCAGAUCUACCGAGUACGCGAACUUGGGUUUCAACGAAACUGAUAUCGAACUUGACAUUGACUAUGAGUUGACCCAUCCAUCUGAUAUGCGUAUUUUUGCUGUGGCUAAUGCUUUUGCAAAAUUAAACUAUUCCAUUGACAAGGUCUGGCAAUUGACUAACAUCGAUAAGUGGUUCUUGAACAAACUUCACGACUUGGUCAAAUUUGCGCAAAAAAUUGAGAACUAUGGUUCGAAAGAGAACUUGCCUGCUCUUGUCCUAAAGCAAGCUAAGCAACUUGGUUUCGACGACAGACAAAUUGCAAAGUUCCUCAACUCUAAUGAAGUUGCUAUUCGUCGCUUGAGAAAGGAUUUCGGUAUCGUCCCAUUUGUAAAGCAAAUUGAUACUGUUGCAGCUGAGUUCCCUGCUCACACUAACUAUUUGUACAUGACUUAUAAUGCUGCUGCCCAUGAUUUAGCUUUUGAAGACCAUGGUGUAAUGGUUUUGGGGUCCGGUGUUUACCGUAUUGGUUCAUCUGUUGAGUUUGAUUGGUGUGCUGUCACAGCAGUGAGAACUUUGCGUAAGAAUGACAUCAAAACGAUCAUGAUCAAUUAUAACCCAGAAACCGUUUCCACCGAUUAUGACGAAGCCGAUAGACUUUACUUCGAGACUAUCAAUCUUGAAAGAAUUUUGGACAUUUACGAAAUCGAAAACUCUGCAGGUGUUGUUGUGUCUAUGGGUGGUCAAACUUCCAACAAUAUCGCAAUGUCUUUGCACCGUGAAAAUGUAAAAAUUUUGGGUACAACACCCGAGAUGAUUGACUCCGCGGAAAAUCGUUACAAGUUCUCACGUAUGCUGGAUCAAAUUGGUGUUGAUCAACCUGCCUGGAAAGAAUUAACAUCUAUGGAUGAGGCGGAAGAUUUUGCAAACAAGGUUGGCUAUCCUGUCUUAGUGAGACCAUCCUACGUUUUGUCUGGUGCCGCCAUGAACACUGUGUAUUCAAAGGAUGACUUAGCUUCUUAUUUGAACCAAGCUGUGGAAGUUUCCCGUGAUUAUCCCGUUGUCAUCACAAAGUACAUUGAGAAUGCAAAAGAAAUCGAGAUGGACGCUGUUGCCAAGGAUGGUGAGUUAGUUAUGCAUGUCGUUUCUGAACACGUAGAGAACGCAGGUGUUCACUCCGGUGAUGCGACUUUAAUUGUGCCUCCACAAGAUUUGGAUCCAGAAACCGUCAAUAGAAUUGUUGUGGCAACUGCCAAGAUUGGUAAAGCCUUGAAAAUUACUGGUCCAUACAACAUUCAAUUUAUUGCUAAGAACAACGACAUCAAGGUAAUCGAAUGUAAUGUUCGUGCAUCUCGUUCGUUCCCAUUCAUCUCCAAGGUUGUUGGUGUGAACCUGAUCGAAAUGGCAACGAAGGCGAUUAUGGGUCUUCCACUAACACCAUAUCCAACAGAAAAAUUACCAGAAGAUUAUGUUGCUAUUAAAGUUCCACAAUUUUCCUUUCCUCGUUUGGCCGGUGCCGAUCCUGUUCUUGGUGUUGAGAUGGCUUCUACGGGUGAAGUUGCAACAUUUGGCCACUCUAAAUAUGAGGCUUAUUUGAAGUCCUUAUUGGCAACUGGCUUCAAAAUGCCCAAAAAAAACAUUUUACUGUCGAUUGGUUCUUUUAAGGAAAAACAGGAAAUGCUUCCAUCAGUCAAGAAACUAUACAACAUGGGAUUCAAGUUGUUCGCUACUGCAGGUACUGCAGACUUUAUUUCAGAACAUGGAAUUCCUGUUCAAUAUUUGGAAGUUUUAAGUGAGGGCGAUGAAAAAUCUGAGUACUCUUUGACUCAACAUUUGGCAAACAACAAGAUCGAUCUUUACAUCAACCUGCCAUCUGCUAAUAGAUUCCGCAGACCUGCCUCUUACGUCUCAAAGGGUUACAGAACUCGUCGUAUGGCCGUUGACUAUUCCGUUCCUUUGGUGACCAACGUAAAAUGUGCCAAAUUGCUCGUCGAGGCUUUGUCAAGAAAUUUGACAUUGGACGUUUCGGAACGUGAUGCUCAGACUUCACACAGAACUGUAACAAUCCCGGGUCUCAUCAAUAUCUCAUCCUACAUCCCAAAUAUCUCCAAUGCUGUGAAGGGACCUGCUGAGAUGAAGGAAGUGACAAGGUUGCUAGUGGAAUCGGGUUUCACGUACUCACAAAUCAUGCCAAAAUCAACUAGUGGUCCAGUUAUCACAGACGAGCAAUAUUUGAAGGUGGCAAAUUCGGUUGUGAAGGAUUCUGCGUACACUGAUUUUGGAUUCACCGUUGCAGCUACCGCUAAUAACGUUGAUGACGUUGCCAGAUGUGCUAAGGAUGCCAAUGCACUAUUCUUGCCUUACAGGGAAUUGAGCAACAAAGUUUCUAUUGUUGCUGAACACCUAAAGAACUGGCCUAUUGAAAAGCAGGUUAUUGCUGAGGCCAAGACAUCCGACUUAGCUUCGGUGAUUUUGUUGGCCUCUUUACAAAAUAGAGCAAUUCACAUCACUGGUGUCUCUAAUAAGGAUGAUCUAGCGCUGAUCAUGACUGUUAAAGAAAAACAAACAAAAGUUACAUGUGAUGUAAACAUCCAUUCGCUAUUUGUUAGUCAGGAUGAUUACCCUGAAGCGUUGUUUUUACCUACCCCAGAGGACCAAGAUUUCUUCUGGCGCAAUUUGGAUGGUAUUGAUGCUUUCUCAAUUGGCUCUCUACCAACUGCUCUUGCCAAUGUUACCGGUAACAAGGUUGUUACUGGGCUGGGUAUUAAGGAAGCCCUUCCACUGCUUCUAUCCGCAGUGAACAGUGGAAAAAUCACCAUAGAUGAUAUCGUCGAACGUUUGCACGACAAUCCUGCCAAAAUCUUCAAUAUUCCCGAGCAAAAUGCGGUGGUUGAAAUCGAUUUAGAUUUCACCUUUAGACAUAAGAAGAGAUGGACCCCAUAUACGAAGGGAGGUCUAACAGGGGGUGUCGAACGUGUUUUGGUGAACGACGAAACUGUAGUAUUGAGCGGAGACUUGGUUGCCACCGAAGCCAAGGGUCAACCCGUUGUAAACUCUGCAAAGAUUGCAACUCCAGCUCCUCCCGCAGCCUCUGAGUUAUCGCACGUCACAGGUUCCAGAAAGAGAUUCUCUUUCUCAAAUGAAAAACGUGCUUCGAUCACCAGUGUCGAGGAUGAGGAAGAAGCUAUUAUUGAUCAGCCUCUAGAACAGAGACUAAUGUCCUCCAGACCACCUAAGGAGUUGGCCGCUCCUGGUGCUAUAUACAGCUUGAUCAGAGGUAACAACCCAUUUUUGCGGAGAAACAUUCUGUCCGUUAACCAAUUCAGACGUUCAGAUUUCCACGCAUUAUUCGCUGUUGCCCAGGAAUUGAGAUCUGCUGUUGAAAGAGAGGGUGUUCUCGACAUCAUGAAGGGUCGCGUUCUAACAACUAUCUUCUAUGAACCUUCUACUCGUACGUCAUCUUCUUUCAUUGCAGCCAUGGAGCGUUUGGGUGGUAGAACUGUGAACAUUAAUACAUCCUCCUCAUCGGUUAAAAAGGGUGAAACCCUCCAAGAUACCAUUAGAACAUUGGCAUGCUAUUCAGACGCCAUUGUCAUGCGUCAUCCCGAUGAAAUGUCUGCCCAUACCGCUGCUAAGUAUUCUCCUGUGCCAAUUGUGAAUGGGGGUAAUGGUUCACGUGAACAUCCUACCCAGGCUUUCCUAGAUUUGUUCACAAUUCGUGAAGAGCUGGGUACUGUAAAUGGUAUUACCGUCACAUUCAUGGGUGAUUUGAAAUAUGGUAGACCUGUGCAUUCUCUAUGCCGUCUACUACAGCACUAUCAAGUCAGAAUCAAUUUGGUUUCUCCAAGUGAACUAAGACUACCACAGGCGUUGCGCAAGGAGCUUUCCGAUGCCGGUAUGCUUGGUGUUGAAAGUGAAACUUUGACUCCUGAGAUCAUUUCGAAGUCUGACGUUCUGUACUGCACUCGUGUCCAACAAGAGCGUUUCGAUAGCAAAGAGCAAUAUGAAAGAUUAAAGGAUGUCUACAUCGUUGACAAUAAGAUUUUGUCUCACGCCAAAGAUCAAAUGGUCGUCAUGCACCCACUUCCUCGUGUCAACGAAAUUCGUGAAGAAGUCGACUAUGAUCACCGUGCCGCAUAUUUCAGACAAAUGAGAUACGGUUUGUUCGUUAGAAUGGCUCUGUUAGCAAUGGUUAUGGGCGUUGAUCUGUAA